CCGGGUUUGUCCAAGCCGCCUCCACGUGAGCAGAACCUCUGCAGCGAUGACAACAAACUCCGUGACUUCGAACGGAGGCGAGGAUGAGGAGUUCCGAGCCUUCGUGGCGCUGCACGCCGGAGCCCUGCAGUCGUCCGGAAUCCCGCAAAGCCACUGGAGGAGCCUCCAUCACAAAAUCACCAACGAGAUUUAUGAUGCUGGAGAAGUUUUUGGCAUAAUGCAGUUCCAACAAGAAGACAAUGAGGAGGAGAGCAGUGAAGGAAACGAGGAAAAGAAGAAGAACAAUCCUGGAGCUGUGAUNUGCGUCAAUCUGUAGAGGCUGGAGCAGCAGCGAUGUGGUGAGCGUGAAGCGGGCAGAAUGAAUGAACGCUGCCUCAGUUAUAAAGCACGCUAAGUGGGUUGUCUUUCCGCACCGGUACUACCCCGUACAGGGCUACUGGUCCAGCUCUCCGUUACUAGGGCUAAGUUCUGACUGCCUACAGGCCCUGGACCUAAUAGGAUUCUAUUGAACUGAUUAAGCUGGUGUCGAGGAAACUCGCCUAGCUUCUGACUGCCUUAAUCCAGACGCCUACCCCGCUUCUUCUGAUAAGUGACCUCGCUAAGUAGCCUCAAUAGCCGAAUCACCCACCAGACACGCCUGUUAGUGGCAGCUUUCCUCUUAAGGGAACGAGCACUUGGUAAGUUGCUAGGAUUGAUUUAGAGGUUUGGAAAUACUAACCCCAGGGAUAUGUUUAAAUACUCUAUUUCACUCUUGACUUAGAAUAACCAUUAAGAACCUAUAAAAGAUGUUAUGCACACAAUAAUCUAACUUUUCACCACCAUCGGAUGCUAGAAGUGAUUCAAUAAAAUUUUAGUCAAUAAUGUCUUUAAAUGCAGGAUUAUAUAUAUUUAUUGCAAAUCUUUAGCAUGGGCAAAGCAUCAGCGUUUUGAUUAUUCACACAUUAUUAAUCAUUCAUUUUGAUAGAACUCAAUUAAUCUAGAAAUAAUAAUAAAAGUGAUCUGUGCUCCUUUAAUCUAUAAUAAAUGAUUAAAAUUCUUAAUUUGUAAAGAGAGAGAGAGCCUAACAGCCUGGCCAGUACUGAUCAACUCAGCUCCGUCCUAUCCUGAGCUAAGAGAGACACCCUACCAGCAGAGCAGCUACCCUGUACAGGGCACUGAGGUGCAGGUGACGUCCUCCAGUUAGGGGGAGACGAGGAGUCGCAACCCCGAUUUAGAACUGCAGUCUGUUUGAGUCUUUGUUUGUACGAUGAGGCGAAGAUGUUUUCUUCUGGCAGAACACAGAAAAGGGUUCUGCCGCUCCUCUUCAGUUGUGUUGCAGUCUUGUUGCAGCUCCUUCUUCGCGCACACAGUCAACUGAGAAAAGUUCUAAGAACUCUAAGUGUUCCCGGUCCGUCUCUCAGUCUCUUGUGCAGGUUGACGUCCAGCUGAGCUCUCUGUCAUCCCCGGGCGAUCUCCGACAAACAUCUCUCUGUCUGUGUCUUUUAUACUUUUUCUACGGCUCUCUCUCCCAUAAACACUAUGCUUGAUUACUAAUAAUACACACUCACUGAUACACACUAUUAGUACACAUAAAAUACACACAUACAUUGUCACACACACAGUCAUAGGGUGUUGCACUUUUCAGUGUAACACACCAACUCCAUUUAUGGUGACCGGAACGAGCAUAGUUUGGCAGGCACAGGAAGUCUAAUAGCCUUCUGUUUAUGAAAAGAGGAUCCUCUGUUUAUUAAAAAGAGGAUCAUGGCUACUUUAGCAUUGAGCUC